UCUUAGUAGGCGCCGCGUGCCGAGAUGAUAUUGAGAACGGCAAUUUUUCGGAGAGUCGGAGUGCAAAGACUAAUAGCAGUGAGCUUAGGCGCUUUUAUCGUCGCGACGAGCGUCCUACAAGGAGCUUUCGGUAGGAUGAGAUCCUGGUAUGGGCAUCAGGAACCACUAGUCGUCGCUAGGUGCGAAAUUAGUUGUUGGAAUGAAGACAACAGAAAUGCUUGUGUGAAGAACUGUCUCAACAGAGGAUUGCCCAAACCGGGGAAUUGUCCAGAUAAAGAUGCUCACUUUACACCGUUCCCUCAAAUUUGCCAAAAGGAUUCACAAUGUGGCGGAAUUACGAAAUGCUGUCAUUUCUGCUGCCAAACACCGACCAAUUUGGAUGUUGUUGAAGGUUUGCCUAGUAAACCCGAAGGACCGAAAGUAAUCGAAGGUCGCCGGAAACGGACAGUACAUAUCGAAUGGUCCAGCUUAGAACCAAAUAUGGAACUUGGAAAUAUACUCUAUCUCAUUGAAGAACGACACCAUACCGGAGAUUUCUUCAACUCGAAUAAUUUCAGCCAGUGGUCACCCUGUUCAAAAUCGAUCAAAAAUAAUCGGUUGUUGAGGCAUUUUGUGAAACCUGGAAAAUGGUAUCAGUUCAGAGUAGCGGCUGUUAAUGAAAAUGGAACUAGGGGAUAUUCAGAUGGUUCUUUACCCUUCAGGGUAUCAACAACUCCCAAGCCUCCGAAGGCUCCACAAAAUGUCACAGUGAGCCCUUUAGUCCAAACAAAUGGAAGUUUGACAGCUAUCAUGAGAUGGUCCCCACCAAUAUCAGACUUACCAAUCGAAAGAUACAAAGUAUUCUGGAGUAGAAGACUACAAGGAACCAAAGCGUUGGAUUCGGUUUUAGUUCAUCAACAAGUGUUACCCAAGAAUACUACCCACUUCACGCUUCGUGAUCUUCAGCCUCAUUCACAAUAUUUUCUUCAAGUGCAAGGUAUUUUACAAUAUGGGAAAGAACGACUUAAUGGAGAAAAAUCUGGAUUGGUACUCAAUACUACGGAUUUUGUGAACGAAAAAGAUAACACAUUGGAUCUAGGAAAAUCGAACGCGUACAAAAUCGAGGGUCUUCGAUUGCAAAAACUCACCUGGAAUAAGGGUAAAUUAAAGGCAAAAAUCAUCUGGAAUCCCUCCAGAGAAUAUGCUAAAUAUAGUGUGACAUGGUGGGCUACACCAUGUGAUGGACGAAUGAAUGCCUUCAAACAUUUAAAAGUAGCCGCAAUGACAAAGGAUACUUAUUUUGAUCUCAUCGAUCUUCAAUUCAAUUGUCGGUACAAAGUGAGCGUCAAAAUUGUAUCGCCAGAUGAAGCUAAAUCUAAACACAACACUUUUGUAACCUUUACUACACCGAAAUGCAGCGAAUUUAAAGAAAACCAUAAAAAAGUUAGAUGUACAUAAAUGUCAGUUACGACUUUGUUGUUAAAUAAUGUUAAAUGUGAUAAUUUGUUUAUGUACCUAUACAUAAUACUUUAAGAGACGUGUUACUUAUCUUUUAAAUAAAUAAUAUU